AUGGGAUUAAGGUUCCUGGUUCUUGCCAUCGUCACUUUGGGAUCGCUCUACACGCUGCACCUUCUGGCGCAGGACUUUAUGAAGCUGUCCAAACCGCUGUUCAUGGCGUCGGGAAAGCGGGACCUCGGCCCAUCAUUAUCCUACAAUCGGACGGCAACGCUAAUGGAUUUCGAGGCGAAAAUUAACUGGAACCAAAUGCUGCGGGCCGAUCCGUGGAAGUGUGCCCUCUCGCUCGUCUGCCAGCUGGCCGCCGGCGCCGAGCCACGCGAUGGGCAAGCGAAGAUAAUUUAUGAAUUUAUUGCAUUUAGUGUGGAAAACAGCAAAACGGUCCCGAAACCGCUGCAGGAAGCGUUCGAAAGUGGCCUCCGGUACAACGGAAACCUUUCGGUGGCCAACAACCACGAGAAGUGCUACGGCCGCUACCCUUUAUGUCUGUACUCGGCCAAAACGAUGCUGCGGCUGAUGAGUUUGUUUGCAGCACAGCGAUAG